UCAUUGUUUCCUUGGGUGCAUCCCAGACCAGACCAGACCAGAAGACCGACGUACAAGACCUACUGGAGGCAAUACAUUUGAGACAGAUAGAUCUUCCCGCAGCAGAGAUGAUGCCAUUCUGUACCAUCGUGGAGAAGCAGAACGGUGUGGUGGUGGCAGCUGAGCUGGCCUGCAGUGUAAAGGAGGAGAACAAGGCUCAGAGGGAGAGCUACAGCGCUGACUGGCACAGUGUCCGUAUCAAGAGUCGACCUGAGGACAGGCAAACCAUGAACAUGAAUGAUGACUCACGCAGGGAAACUCUGUCUCGGCAGUGGAGGGCCCGUUCUCUGAUACAGAACUGCCCCUCCGGUGUCUUCAGAGUGGGCACUAUGGAAAGAGGAGUGAGGGAGCACCAGCUGCUGCCAAAGAGAAACACCCUCCCCCUGCCAAUCUUCAUCCCCGCAGAGCUGGGUGUCAGGCUCGGCCGCGGAGCCCCGCACACCGAGGAGGACCUGCAGCCUUUCCCCACCCCAGACGGAGCCUGUCCCAGCAAGAAGACAGUGGACGAGAUCACGAAAGACCUGCCCCCGCUCAAGCCGACCCUCAUGGAGUUCGCCAAAGCACCCAAAGUUCUCGGUCGCUCCAUGUCCCAGGAAGCCCAGAGAGGGUGAAAAAAACGAAAGGACAAAGAGAGAAAGAGGGGAUGUUAGGGAGAAGGAUGACAGUUGGGAAAGGAUAGUCGUGUCAGGAAAGAGCUUGACAAGAUGUAUAUGUAUUUAUCCCUAGUGACAUUCAUCAUAAACCCUACGUACUGUAGAUCUUUAGCACUAUCCGCGGCGAGCACAGCACCAUUUAAAUGUCAUGCUUUGUCACUGUUGGCGUUUGGUGGUGGUAGAAGUGGUUAUGUGAAGGUAUUGUGAGAGGCAGGGUAUGUGUUCUCAGCUGUGCCAAGGGCUUAUCUCUGCCUGUGCUGGCCGGCUGGCCUCACCAAAUCUGCUGAUCUCUCAGCGGAAUGACUGCAACCCGACUACCGCAUGCACUGGUGCAUCAUAACCAUAUUGCAUGCAAGUUCCUUUGCCUUUCUGUUGUAAAUUAAAGUGUUCUUGAGGUUAUCAGAUUUAUGGAUUAUGUAACAGGUGGUGCGGGAAUGCAAUGACGCAGAAAGUGACAGGCGGAAAAUGACAAAAGGAAAGAGGCAGGUAGGAAACAGUAAAGAGGGAUGGACAGAGGGAGGCAGAGUCAGAGGCGAAGAGGAGGGGGCGAGGGGUCCGGGAACAUGUUUUGGUCAACCUCCAGCCUUCCACAAGCCCUUGACGGUCUCUGAUCUUUGUGAAGAGUACAGAAUGCUCCGGCGUGAUCACACACUGCAGCUGUAUAUAUAUAUAUGUGUGUGUGUUUGUAUCCCUGUGUGUGUAUGUGACACCUCUAAUCAAAAGGACUUAGGAAAUCUAAUAACCUGUUCUUUACUGUGUAUUAACUGAUCUGCCAUGUUAGAUGAGUGGCAGCUCAUAUAUUUGAUAGAGGAACAGAUACUGAAUUAGUGGUUGUAAUGAAUUCGAAAAUGUGUGCAAUGAUGCUGAAAUGUUUUUUUUGCUAGAUAUUUAUUAUUUUUAUUAAUAAAAGCUGAGUCACUCUC